UUCAGAAGCUUGCUCAGACAAGAGGCAGCUCACUCCAGAGUGCGUUGGUGAGGAGAGAGGAGAGCAGAGCGUGCAUUACCGGGCAUGCGGAGCGAGAAUGAUAUAUGGGUCUGGAGGCUCCUUGCAGUACCCCCAAAGAUCCCCAGCCUUACAGACAAACCACACUGAUUCCUUUGAAUGUCGACAAUAUCGAUCAUCCUAAAUCUGUACAAGACAACUGGAUUUCUUCUCUUUUCUGGUGUGUGAAUAAUCAGGAGAGAUGAGAGUUCACUUCUCCACCUGUUGGAUAUUUCAAGGCUGGAUCAUCCAUCUGGUUCUCACUCUGUGCACACAGAGAGCCCUGUCUAGACCCACCUGUUCCCAGCAGCAGUACCUCAAAGAAAAGAGAUGCUGCAGCAAGUGUGAACCAGGGUCCUAUGUGUUUGCAGAGUGUGCUGGGUACUCUGACACAAAGUGUCGUCCGUGUGGCAGUGAUGAGUACCAGCCUGACUGGACCAACGAGACCAAGUGUCUGCCUCAGAAGUUCUGUGACACAGGUAAGGGCUUUAACCGUGUGAGGCCCAGUAACCGCCUGGCUGCAGUACCCUGUCAGUGUAAACCUGGUUUACAGUGUUCUCCCAUCAACUGUGAGUUCUGUGAGAAGAUUCCUUCCUGUGGACCAGGAUAUGGACUGGAGACUGACACUGAGUCGGGCAGGAGAACUUGUGUUGCGUGCAAGAGAGGACAUUUUUCUCCCAACACCUCUAUGGAACCAUGCAGUCUGUGGACCAAUUGUAACGGUCUGGGGAAGAGUGACAAGCAGACUGGGAGUGACCAGACUGAUGCUGUCUGUGGACCCCCUCUCUCUGGUGCCUCUACCUCCUGGCUCCUACUGUGGGUUCUGUCAGUCAUCACUGUCCUCUGUCUCCUCAUCCUCCUGCUCUUCUGCUACAAGGAAAAACUUAGACUACUCUCAGUGAAUUUACGAUCAUGUGUCCAGAAUCUGAAAAGGACCAGGAUACAGCAGGAGACUCUGGCCCCUCUCUACCACAGUAGGGUCGUUGAAGGGGGACUACAGGGUCAGAGCGGCACCCUGCAUGAGACAACCUGUCUUAUUGGCCUGGCUCACAGCCCCUCAGAAACCACACACACCUGUCCUACAGCUACACCUGGUGACCGGGUCAAACUGCCACCCACCAAAGAGAUGGAGGAGGAGAGGAAGGAGGAGAGGAGGGAGGAGGAGGAUGAGGGGGUGGGGAGUGAGGGGUCAGGGGAGGCGGAGGAGGUUUCUGAGGAUGGUGUGUGUGAGGAGGUUGUUCCAGACGGUGUGUGUGAGGAGGUUGUACCAGAGGAUGUGUGUGUGUCUCCACUGUGGGCUGGCUCCUGUGUGUGUGUGUUGUCUGUCAGGGAACCAUUAGAGGUAGGGGAUAAUGAAGACUGUAGCCAGGCUGUCAACCCUGGAACCCUCGGGACCUGCUCUUGUGGAGGAGAGGGGGAGAGCAAGGGGGGGAGAGAAGGAAGAGCUCUGAGAGGAGCAGCCAUAUCUCCUCCCCCUUCUCCCUCUCUCCCACCUCCUCCCCUCUCUCCCCCCGAUGACCGUUCAUGUGACCUCUACCCGCCGCUGACCCAAGUCAGGUCAGAGAUCAAAGGUCAGCUUAUUGACAGCGCACAGGGGAAAGGGGAGGAGCUAUACAGACUGGACUGCAGCAUAAGCUCCACCCCCACCACAAAACCCAUGCCCCCUUUGACCUCUACAAUAUCUCCUUACCCCUCGAUGACCUCUGUAACUGUGGGCGACCGGCAGUCCGAGCUGACCUCUGAGGCCUCCAGCAGUGAGCAAAACCAGGGACUUUCUUGGAGGGACAGUGGGGGAAACAAGGUCUCGUCUGGGGGCUCGGAGCUGGAUUGUGCCCCUGAGAGCCUCCAGAGUCAACUCACGGAACCAGCACUCACCUCAGGUCAGGUGACGGGGAACAACAACACCACCUUCAUCUCUAGCGGUCAGGUGAUGAACUUCAACGCUGACGUCAUCGUCGUCUACGUCAGCCAGACGUCUCUAGGCAACGAGGGGGAGGGGCCAGACGAUGUGUUUGGAAGCCCCGUCCAGGAACAGGCCAAUGAGAGCGCUCCGAUGAUCCAGAGUUCCAUCUCCUCCAAAAGUGUCAGCCAUUCGUCAGUGGUGUCCUCAGUAAACUCCAUUACCCAUAACCCCCUACUGCAGGAGGACAACCUGCCGGUUCAGGAAGUGACUGAUCAGUGGCCGAGGGAGAAUUGAAACGUGAAAAUGGUGGAUGGUGUACCAUAAAACCACGAGAGGAGCGAAGGCAGUCCAAAACCUACUACUACGACCUACUCCAAACAAUAGUCCAUGGUCUUCCUGGGUAGGUGUUAAGUAUUGGAACUGGGCCAUAGCCUUGGAACCUGGAGGAUUGUGAUCCUCAUCUGGCCCUUGUAGUUGUUUCUCAAUAGUCUCAUGUAGAGCUUUGGCGGUCAUGAAAUUUUGUCAGCUGGUGAUUGUCAAGAAAAUAACUGCCUGUCUCACGGUAAUUGACUGUUAAUUAACAUAAACACAUUUAGCAUCUCCUGGCUUCCACUUCCUACAAGCCACUGAUGCAGACCUUUAAAAAUUGAAUAAAUUCAUGUAAAAUAGCCAAAACCAUCACAGUAAAUCCAUUAUUUAUUUUAGAGUGGUCUAAAGAAACAUGAUAUGAAGAAAAUGUAGUCUAUUUCAGAAGAACAGAAUAGCAUACUCUGAGUUGUCCUUAUGUUAGAUCCUGAUCUGGCUAUGCCAUAUGGCUCUGGGCUACACUAGUUCAUUUAGCAGACAAGAUUUGCUUAGAAUUCUGUGGCAUUAUUUUAUAUUUUAUAAAAUGAUGAAUACAAUUGAACAAAGGGUUAAUGGAACAAAGCUGAAUAAAACAUAAAGGAUAUUUUCUCCAAACGAUUUGAGGGAGUGGCACAUGGGGCUAUUCUGUGUUAAGUGCUUAACAAAGAAACAGGUACAGUACUCCCAUAUGCUUAAUUUAGAGUUAUUUGUGUAACUUUAGUUGUGAUACAAAUGUCGGGCUAUAUGUUUUGAUUUCUAAUACAUUUUAAGGCUGCAUGAUGCGACUCUAAUGAUGAUUUGAAAAAAAGUCACAUGAAAGGCAUGAUCUGUACUUUGUUUUUUGUGCAGGCUGUACACACUUCAUCAGUCUCUCAUUCACAAUUUGACAAGCACUUGAUAAUGCCUCGAAUUUCCCAGCUACAUCCCCGUUGUGUGGCCUUAAUGCCCCCUAAAGAAAUCCAUGCCUUUUGCAGCCAGUGGGCAUUGUGGGCAUCUACACUGAUUGGAGUGGAUUUAACAAGUGACAUCAAUAAGGGAUCAUAGCUUCCACCCAGAUUCACCUGGUCAGUCUAUUUCAUGGAAGGAGCAGGUGUUCUUAAUGUUUAUGAACUCAGUGUAUAAUAUACAUGUAAAUGUUUUUUUUUAAACAUUUUUUGUGCUGUCAGGUGUAGGACUAAUGAAGAAAUCUUGACCUAGGAUACACCCACCAAGAUAAUCAAGCACCUACUCAUGAUUAGAUAUUGACCUUCCUUAAGAACUGAAAGUUUGUGUAAGCCGAGACAUUUUGUUAAUCUGGCUCCACAAGUCCAGGUCUGAGACCAGGUAUUCAAUAGCUAACCAAUAAAAUAAAGCUCUCAGGAGUUGAAAGUGGAAACGUUUACCUUGUUCAUAUCUGUAAAUAAAAUGUACAUAUUGAUUCAAAUCAAAUUGCAAUAAAUGACAGAACUGUUUUGAUAAAAA